ACCGCGCCGCGUGGCUCCGAGGCCGAGCCAGGGGCCCGGGCGAAAGCAAAAUGCGACUGAAGUGAUGAGCUGAGAGACGUGCCGGGCUGCCAACCUGGUUUCUUCAUGAAAAACUGACUGACUCUCACAAUCACUUCAAAUUUAAAAUCAAAUUACAAGCCACUCACUCUUUUGUCUCUUUAUUCAUGUCCCACAUUUGAUCAUUUGAUAGCUUACCAUUUUCGAGACCGACCAAUACUGGAGUAUGAGACGCUACCACUAAAUAUUUGGCGUUCCAUAAUUGCGUACCUAAAUGGAGAUACCGGUACAGAGUUGGACUUGAGACCGAGUCGCGAGGCAAAGUCAGGAAACGAAAAACGGGCCCAAACAUCCUAACGUCAAAUAGAACGAAGACAGUUUAAAACCCGAGAUGAGUUGUAUAGCAACACGUUUAAAUCUUCGACUGAUGUUUCAAAUGGUAUCGCACUCGUAUCCUAAACCAGCAAGCACAUGCUCUCUAUGCAGUGGUAUAACUAUGUCCAGUAGCAUCCCUGUACUUCCUGCAGAAGACGGCAAAGUGGAUGAGUCAAAGAAAGAUGUCGGCCAUCUUGAUACAACUCAGACACCAGUAGACCAGGAUGCGAAUCUCAUCAAUUUGUUAAACAACUUGCCUGAAUCUGAACUGAAGAUGCUGAAGUACAUCAACUCUAGAAUGGCUACCAACAUCAUUGCUCAUAGAGAAGUGAAAGGACAGUUCAGAAAUCUUGAAGAGCUGUUGUCAAUUCCAGGAGUUGGGAGAAUAACCCUUGAGAAACUUCAAUCAAAUUUUGCCAAUGGAAACCUGGAUAAGACUAGCACAAGAAUAGAUCCUCAGAGCGCAUCCCUUGCAGUUCUAUCAAAUGAACGAUUAUUGGGUUUGAAGGACAUUGUAGCAGUAGAUGUUGGUCUGAAACACAUAGCAUGGCUGCACAUGGAUAAAGACAGAUGGAUUCAUAGCUGGCAAUGCAAGAUGAUCGAAGGCAUUUCUCCUGGAAAGUGGGAUCCAGUCAACUACCUCACUCUUAUAUCAGAUACUGUGGAAGAGAUGCCUAGACCAGAUCUGUAUGUCCUUGAGCACAAGUCCUUCACUUCUCUCAACAAGGGCACCUUCCAGACAAUGCUCUUCGUUCGUUGCCUCGAGUCCAUGCUCUAUACCUACUUGAACUCUGACCUCAUCGAAUCUGGCCAGGUCAAGGCCAUAUCAUUACCACAGAACGUUGUUGGAAGGCAUUUCAAUCUGCUGGUAGGGACCCAACGCAAGAGUGGGCAGGCCCUUGCAGGGGCGCUGCUGGAGGAAGGCUUUGGAAGGAGAAACGCUUGGUACCCUGUUCGGAUUGGAUACGAGAACCUGGCAGUGUUUAGAGAUGUUAAUAGAUACAAGAGGGAACAUUUAGCAAACUGUCUUCUACGAGCCACAGCUUUCUAUGACAUCUAUGUUGAUAAGAAGCCAGGUUUUAAAAUGAAAUGAUGACCUUCAUACUAUCUUCUUCUUUUUCUGGUACAUUAUCAUACUACAGAUCAUAUCAUAGAAUAUUUCAUACCUUGAAUUGUCACUUUUCAACUUGGGGCUGUUUCAUUAAUUUUUUUUUUUAAGUUAUGCAUGACUUUAUGAACGACUGAAGUCUCUUAAAUUUUCCAAUGUUUCAACUGGAAAUGGAUUUCCUAUAACCCUCAUUGAAUUUUGACAAAUAUUUUCAAUGUGGUUGAGAAUCUGCUUUGGUCAUUUGUGAAGUUUAUGAAACACGCCAGCUACUAUAUCCCAUAUUACUCCACACAACAAAAUCCUGCCCAUAUGAUUGGUCAUCUCUAAAUUAUGUAAUGAGGUGUAAUUUGACCCAUUACUCAGUCUUAAUGUUUUUGUUGUAACCUCUUUAAAUUAAGGUUUUAUUUUUUGCCAAUCUCUCAAUUCUAAAGCUUUGUUCACUUGUUUAAAUUUACAUAACUGCUGUCUGCUGUAUUAUUUUUCAAAUUGACAUAUAUGGUCUAGUAAUUACAUUGACAUCAAAUGAUAUCACAUAGUGAUAAUAUAACACUGAUCAGUAUAUUCUCUUUUAUUUUGAUGGACAUACCCAUACCUGACAACUUAAUUUCUUGAGUAAAAGUAUUUUUAGGUGCAGGAUAUGACGAUACAUAUAUUUCCUAGUCUGUUAAUUCAUAUGUUUUAGGGGGAUUUUUGAGAACCUUCACAAAGUUAAUCAAUCCCUUAAAGAAAAAAAAACAAACAAAAGAAAGACAUCAGUGACAUAUUCGUCAGAUAUAAAUGGAGUCAUAAUUUUGUGACUUUCUAAUUCUGUGAUGUUACAGGAGAUCAGAGCUGCUAUCCCAUUCACUGUGGGUCAAUAAUAUUCCAUAAUAUUUUGUUAUGGUUCAUGAUGAAUGAAUAGAUUUCCAUAGAAGCAUGUUUGAAAUAAUAUCAUGAGCAUGUUAAUUACCCAGGUAAAAAUCAUAAAUUUUUUUGAAAUAUUAUUUUAUAGAAUUUAUUGUUCAUGUACAUGACAUACAGGAGAUCAGCUGGUGUGUGACAUUACAGAAAAAAAACACUACUCUGUUAUCUAGGAUUCUUUUUGGUCAAAUUUUAUUACAUUUCUGUUUUUUUGUUUCAGUUAAAAACCAGGGUGGAUUUUGUCUUCAAGAUGCACAAUUUAGAUACAUCAAAUAAUUUGGUCAAUAUUUGUUUAUUUUUGUAAGGAGUUUCGAGGAAAUUAAGUAAUAGGUCUGCGUCAUCAUGAAUUAAAAAAAAAGAUAUAUUGUAAUCUAUUGAUACCAUUAAAUGGAAAGGUCAUGGAAAGGUUUUUUCAACAAGCUAUCAAUUAUACAAUUAUAGCUUGAGAACUGAUUAUAGUCUGAGAAAAAUAUAUUUUGAGAAAGGCUAUGAUGAAAUAAAGUUGAAUAUCCAAUAAUGUGUUAGUUUGUGUAGAUGAAAUUAACAGAUUAUCAUGAAACAGAUGUAAACGAUGCAACUGAAAUAUAUAUGAAUAUGGAAAAAAGAAGAAAGCCAACUGUUCUAAGGUAGUCAUUGUAUGAGUGUUUUGUUUUUGUCUCACCUGCAUAGCAGAGUGAGACUAUAGGCGCCGCUUUUCCGACGGCGGCGGCGGCGUCAACACCAAAUCUUAACCUGAGGUUAAGUUUUUGAAAUGACAGCAUAACUUAGAAAGUAUAUGGACCUAGUUCAUGAAACUUGGCCAUAAGGUUAAUCAAGUAUUACUGAACAUCCUGCCUGAGUUUCAUGUCACAUGACCAAGGUCAAAGGUUAUUUAGGGUCAAUGAACUUAGACCAUGUUGGGGGAAUCAACAUCAAAAUCUUAACCUAAGGUUAAGUUUUUGAAAUGUCAUCAUAACUUAGAAAAUAUAUGGACCUAGUUCAUGAAACUUAUACAUAAGGUUAAUCAAGUAUCACUGAACAUCCUGCAUGAGUUUCACGUCACAUGACCAAGGUCAAAGGUCAUUUAGGGUCAAUGAACUUUGGCCGAAUUGGGGGUAUCUGUUGAAUUACCAUCAUAACUUUGAAAGUUUAUGGAUCUGAUUCAUGAAACUUGGACAUAAUAGUAAUCAAGUAUUACUGAACAUCCUGUGCAAGUUUCAGGUCACAUGAUCAAGGUCAAAGGUCAUUUAGGGUCAAUGAACUUUGGCCAAAUUGGGGUAUUUGUUGAAUUACAGCCAUAAAUUUGAAAGUGUGUUGGUCUAGUUCAUAAAAUUUGGACAUAAGAGUAAUCAAGUAUCACUGAACAUCCUGUGCGAGUUUCAGGUCACAUGAUCAAGGUCAAAGGUCAUGUAAGGUCAAAGAACUUUGGCCACGUUGGGGGUAUUUGUUGAAUUGCCAUCAUAUCUCUAUAAGUGUAUUGGUCUAGUUCAUAAAACGUGGAAAUACGAGUAACCAAGUAUCACUGAACAUCUUGUGCGAGUUAUAGUAGUUUUCAAAAUCAGCACUGCUGCUAUAUUGAAUCGCGUGAUGCAGGUGAGACGGCCAGAGGCAUUCCACUUGUUGGUAUUAUACAGUGCGUCCCAGAAAAAGUGAAACCGGGAUACCCAUGUCUUUAUUCUUCUAAGGCAAAUGAAUUAUGGUGUUUCGAUUACAUGAUCAUUUAAUUCAAUUAUUGCUCUUUAUUUUGAUACCUAAUAUCGGACAAAAACUUCAUGGCUUUUCAUGCAGUAAUGAGCAAGAUGAGUUUGAAAAUUUAAUGUCAAAACCAGGUUGCGCAGAAAAAUUGGACAAGAUUGGUUCGUGAAACAACGAUCGUGCUUUUUCGAUGAUUGGCUCAUUAGCAUUUCUUUGGUACUCUUUUCUCUCACUGAUCCCUGAAAUGAGAGUGGAUUCAGAUUCACACGCGAGUUUCUGCACAAAUCGUUUCUGAUAUGUCUCAAUAUUUAUUGUUUGUUAUCUGCCAUGCAUGAACGAUUUGCUAAGCUGUUGGUUUCAAAUUAGUGAUGGGAUUCCAACCUUGCCAUGAGUAUCAAAUUAAUAGUAAAAGCAUGAUUGUGAAAUCUAUCUCUGAAAAUAGGUUUUGUUUUAUGUAGGACGCACUGUACAUGUAUACUACAUUUAGGUCCCUAUAGGUUUCACACUACUAAAUCAAGACAAAAUAAACUUUUAUGAAUUUACAUUUCAAAUUUGUUAUUAAAUAUAUUCUAUAGACAUAGUGAAUGCUCUGGAGUUACAUAUGUUGAUUAAGCAUUCCCAAGUUGAUAGAUGAUUUAUCACCGUAGCCAUAGGAGAUAAUAGUACAUGCACCUGGAAUACGAUUCAUUCUACAGCAUGUACUUUAUAUUUUAAGAGGGAAAGUGCUUGCAAGAAGUCAACAAAUUAUUUAGAUCUAGAAAUAUCAUGUAUUGCUACAAUUUGCUUCACAAAGGCAGUCCAAAAUUCCAUGCCAUGCAUGUGUCAGAUUUUAUUGCACGAUUUGAAAUCUCUAAGGUCCCUUCUUAACUUUGUGGAAUUUUUAAAUAAAAGAUACAAAAUUAUUGU